CUAAAUGUGUCUUACCUUGGAGAAAUAUUUCUUUAAAGUUUGUAUUUUGGCGCUGUUUCGGCUUUCAAACCGUGGGCACCGAUUUUAAAUCAGCGGUCUUCCAAAUGAGCCUGUGACGUAUGUUAUGGGGAUCACUUUAGAACGCGUUAUCGUUCAGCUAAGUUUUAAUACAAAUUGCUUCUUCGUCGACCCUUCGUUAUGAGCGGAAUAGAACCAUUUCAGUUCGAACCAGUAUAUCAGCCUGGAGAAGAACCACCUCAGGAAGAGAGUGUAGGACAGGAGGUAGAAGCCCACGAAGAAGACAAUACUUCGAGGAUGGGAAACACCGAAUGGUGUUUGUGCGGCGCUUGUGCGCUUAUGCCGGUGGCAAAUGAAUGUUACUGCUGCCAAGAACUAGAGGAGCUUAAUCAAAAGUUCGACAAUUCAGGUGUUAGAUGUAUAACAGAACAUCCGAAAUUUGGUAUUGUGUGCUUGGACACGGCAUUGGUUGCAAUCCACAGUGUGCGGCUCAAUCCAAUUCCCGACCCUAUCGUCAACAGAACUUGGCGUUUGGCAGCCUACAUACAAUUUACUUGGUGGGCACAUGGGGUAUUAGGAAAAAACCGGCAGAGAAUCGUGCCAGCAUGCGUCGUCACGGCCAUACGUAAAACAUUUCCAGAAGAGAGUGGUAAUUACGUGGGGUUUCGAGAAGCAGAUCUGGAACUUUGAACUUUAUCCUUAAUGUCCUUUAAUAAUGAUUAGUAACAUAUCCUUUGCGUGUAUAACUUCAGAGGCUCUUCUUUCCUUAUGUUACGGUUUCUUUCUAAAGUUUGCGUGAAAUAUACAAUUUCUUAUCGAGGAUAUGAAUUACUAACACAUUUCUGCAUAGUGAUUCAGUCAAAAGCCAUGCAGAGCCAAACGAAUGUCAUCCCUACUGCAGUUAUUAAAUUAUCCACAUUGCCAGGGAUAGCUGCGUGGCCUGAAUGAAAUAAACCUCAAACCUAACUUUGAUUGCUUUUUGCUACGA